ACCGUGGGCGUUAUGGUGGGCGGCCAUGGGCGUGAGUGGGCCGCGUGCGUUGCUCCUACGACUGCGCACUCCGAUUCCUGUUCAGCCGCGACCGGUGUUACUGACCCAGCUAUCACGCCCGUCGUCCACGUCACGGCCGGAGAAGACCUCCCGCGGGCGGUGUCCACCCGCGCCUGCCCCGCCCGCGACCUGUGCCUCAACCUCACCCAGGAGAAGUUCCGGCAACGGCGCCGCGCGCACGAGCCCACGCUUUGCAUACAGGUUAACGACGGAACUUUAGUAGCCCGGGACAACGUGCAGCUUUCGACAUGGCUGCCGCUGCUGCCCCUAGCCACCGACGUGCACGCUGAGGCGGCCACUCUGUCGUUCGUGCACUCGGGGCAGGGCGAGUCCGCGACGCUGAGGGUGACGCUGACGAGGGCCGUGAAGGUCGGGGAGACACCGCCACUCUGGUUCUCGUCAGAAGUUGCGGCUCAGCUGGGCCUUCCCUUCCUAAACUUUUCUCACAUCAAAGAAGGGCGCUAUGUGUGCCCCGAGUGCCAGAGGCAGUUCAGCGCGCCCAACCCCCUGAAGCUCCACCUGGCGGCGAAUUGCGACUCCCUCGACCCUCGCCUCCUGUGGGAUCGACUUCUGUGUUCCCCGCCGCGCUCCGCGCCCGCGCCAUGGUUCACGCCGCUCUUGUCUUCGCCGCCCCUCGCCAUGUCCGCCCUGACCUCGCGUGUGCAUCACACUGCUGUCAGCGCCAAGGCGCCUGCCCGGCCCUCCUCCCCCGGGGCUUCCGCCAGACCGAGGUCCCCAGGAGGCCUCAAACCAGUAUCCCCCGACUCCACCAGCUGCCAUGUGGGAUCCCCCCGGUCGGCCUCGCCCCCGCGCUCACCCCCGUCUGCAUCUCUCCUCCAGGAACCGCGCUCUGCUUUCAGGAGAGUCAGCUUUCCUGUCAACCGGCACGAUGGUCAACCACCCAGAUUUAGUGUUCUCUGUCGGCCACCCACCCUGCUGCCGGCGGGACCGUCCCGGUGCUCGGCGCGGACCCCAUCCGUGGGCGCGCUCGCUCUGGCUCCCCGCUCCUCUGCCGUCACCCCUGAACUGCUGCUUCAUCCUCGCCUGCUGAUGACGCCCAUGAUUCCCACCCGAAAUGAGGUCGCUUCCACGACACAGCCCAUGAUGCCUACAAUGCCACUUGCGGGCUCUACUCGACCGCUGCUAAGUGCAGCGCCUCCAGGCAAUGCGGUGGAUCCAUGCGCUGAAAUGGAGACUCUCGUGUCGAACUUGGGCCGCAGCCGCCGUGGCCAUUUAUGUUUGUACUGUGGGAAAGUGUACUCCCGCAAGUACGGCCUCAAAAUCCACAUCCGCACCCACACAGGCUACAAGCCGCUCAAGUGCAAGGUCUGCCUGCGGCCUUUCGGGGACCCAAGCAACCUGAAUAAGCACGUGCGGCUACACGCAGAGGGAGAGACGCCCUACCGCUGCGAGCAUUGCGGCAAGGUGCUGGUCCGCCGCAGGGACCUGGACCGCCACAUCCGCUCCCGGCAUCCCGAGGUCCCUUCGCCGCCCACACACGCCCUCACGGACACCGAGGACGAGGAGACGGACGACGGCGACGCCACGGAGGACAAGGGCACCGCUGUCGAGGAGGAGUCCCACGUGGUGGCUCUCACGCAAGAGGAAGCCAACUCUGACACCAGAUAGUGAGACUCAGAGCGCCAAACGAACAAGGACAGUCGUAGACUUGGCGCCAAAUAGAGUCUAUGUCAGCUGUGUUUGUGAAUCUCCGAAGUCUCGUCUGCUGAGACACUAGGAAUGCUUCCAGAUCUGUUGCACUUGGAAAAUGAUGCUCUUGAUAUUCUAGUCUUCCUAUAUAUAGGAUAAUCUAGUCAUAUUCUAUAUUCCUUUCCCAGAAUCAUCCGAUAUGUAAUCUAUGUUACGCAAAACGUAAUUCAUUGUAAAUAGUAUAUUAAAUGUCUAUAUUAUAUGAUAUUAAAAUAAUCUUCCAUAAUAAUUUCAAAUAUAGGUGUAACUUAUAGAACACGCGUUUCUGCCAAAAUGUCUGUGAUAUUAGGUUAUUUCCAAUAUCUUAUACUAUAUUUUGGAAAUGAAAUUCAUUAAACAAGGUAAAUAAAAGACAAAAGACUUCCUAUGCUCAUUUUAUCAUCAAAACAAUUGGUAGACUAGAAGAAAUAUUGCGUCGAGGUGAGAAUUUUCUCCAUUUUACCCUCUUAAUUCUACUUGUAACGUAUACACAUCACCAGGCACUGUAUACACAUCACCAGGCACUGUAUACACAUCACCAGGCACUGUAUACACAUCACCAGGCACUGUAUACACAUCACCAGGCACUGUAUACACAUCACCAGGCACUGUAUACACAUCACCAGGCACUGUAUACACAUCACCAGGCACUGUAUACACAUCACCAGGCACCACCACCGUAAAUUAGGCCUCGUAUGUGGCACCCUCGAGGCACCCGAGACAUGGUACCCUGAACAAUGAGGCACUGCCGGUACUUUUUACUCCUGACUGCCUUAUAGUUGCUUCGUAAGUUGCAUUGUUUCUCCACAUAAACAAAUUACAAAUGCAUUUAUUACACCCUUUCAAAAUGAACACUCACACCUACACACCUUCACCUCCCUGUAGAUGAAAAUGUAUUUACCUGGAUAGGUAUACAAAAAGUGCUAUAUAUACAUACAUAUAUACAAGCAUAAAUACAUACAAUCAUGCAUACAUAUACAAUAUAUACCAGUGUGUGUGUAUAUAUAUAUAUAUACAUAUAUACUGGUAU